CUCUUUCUGUGAUGGCUUUAAUUCUUCUCACCUAACUCUCAUUUCAUCAUUCAUUUCUGUGUCUACCUGAUCUUUUUCUGCAACUUUUUUUAAUAUGACAAAGAACAACACGGUACAAUCAAAGAAGUUCAAAGGUGUCAGACAACGCCAGUGGGGCUCUUGGGUUUCUGAAAUUCGCCAUCCUCUGCUGAAGAAAAGGAUAUGGUUAGGAACAUUUGAGACAGCAGAGGAAGCAGCAAGAGCAUAUGAUGAAGCAGCUAUCUUGAUGAAUGGACAUGUUGCGAAAACAAACUUCCCAAUUGUGAAGGAGAGUACUGUUAACAAUAAUGGUACUAAUGACAAGAAAUUCCCCUUAACUUCUUCAUCAACACUGUCUAGCACUGUGCUGAAUGCAAAGCUGAGGAAAUAUUGUAAGGAUCCAGCACCUUCUAUGACCUGUCUGAGGCUCGAUAACGACAACUGUCAUAUAGGAGUGUGGCAAAAAAGAUCAGGGAAACAUUCAGGUUCUAAUUGGAUAACAAAAAUCGAACUUGGGAAGAAGGAGGAGAAGCCUCAUGAUCAUCAGAAUAUGAAUUCUGAACUUGGCAUUAGUAAACCAUUGGACGAAGAAAACAGAAUUGCUAUGCAAAUGGUGGAAGAACUACUCAAUUGGAAUUCUCCGUUUUCUCAUGAACCUAUUACUGAUCAUCUCUCUCCGUCUUUUUCCAACUCUAUAUGAUACCAAAUGUGGAAUGUAUUGCAUGUAUAGUUAAUUAGACUAGCGUAUCGUUAUCUCCAAUAAGAGCCUAAAAGAGAAGGGAUUAUUCUUGAAUAAUUCAAGUGCCAAAACCAAUCCUUAUGAGAUUGUAUAUGUAAGUAUUCAAGUUUCUAAUCAGAUAUAUAUGUGUAUAUAAAGA